UUUCUGGAAAAGUUGUAUUAUAUUAUACGCCAUACGGUGCAUACUUUACCUAAAAACUGAAUAUCUACGUAGGUUCCUCGGCACACCAGCUUGUAUGCUACAAGGGGUGUCGAUAUUCUUCUGUCCUCUGGAAUAGAUAGGCCACGGCACAAUGUGCCCUCCUUCAGCUCGUUGACCCUGCUCCAUGUUAUCCUCAUCGUGUUACAGUUCAUGUUUCUGGUGAAGGUAGACCGACACGGCAUCCGAACGCGAGCGGCUGGAAGGAGCAGAGAGACCCGCCCAGUUCCAGCGGCCUUCACAGGUGACGUCACGAGACUGUGAGUGACGUCACUGGUCGGCGGGUGACGUCACCUGGAUGUUGGGUAUAAAGACGGCGGCGGCUGUUCGAGAGGCAUUCUCCUCUGCAGACUCACCCAGCCAGCAGCAUCAUGAAGGUGUUCGUUGCCCUGUUCGCUACCCUGGCGUGCGCCAGCGCCGGCCUGGUCGUGCCGGCCACCACCGUCCUGCGGGCGCCCGCCCACGACUCGGCCGUCAUCCAGAGCCACAGGUUCGGCGGCAACUUCGCCUACCGCACCGACGAGGCGCACGCCUACGCCGCCGUCAGCCCCGUGGUCUCCACCGUGCGGAAGGCGGUCGGCGUCUCCUACAGCCACGGAGCCCCCGUCGUCAAGUCCACCACCGUCGAGCACCCCGUCACCUACGCUGCCGCCCCCGCCGUCACUUACGCUGCCGCCCCCGCCGUCACCUACGCUGCCGCCCCCGCCGUCACCUAUGCCGGCGUUCCUCAUGCGUACGGCUACGCCGCUCCUCACGCGUACGGCUACGCCGCCCCCUACGGCUACGGCUACGCCGGCCUGGGUCUGCCCCUGACCUUCGAGAAGGUCGAGGAGGCCAAGGCUGAGCCUGCCGUCGAGGCUGCGGAAUAAGCUGUGUCAGGUGCCGUCUCUUCUUUCCCUCGCUUUCGUGUGGCAGUCUGCUGAUUAAAGCUAAACAGCUCUGAUCCAGCAGAGGCUAUCACGAGGGUAACAAACUCGUCUGAUGUUUGCUGAAAAUUUCACCAGAUGUCAGGUGUGCUCUGCAGAGUGAAUCAUUUACGAGAAUCGUCAUCGUUCAUAUCAUGACCGGCUUUGUUGUGCUGUUUGCACUCAAUUGUGUCCAUGAAUACAUUAUGUUUCUUGUA